AUGGUUAAAGAUACUAAAUUUUAUGAUUUAUUAGGUGUUUCCGCCACUGCUUCUGAUACAGAAAUCAAGAAAGGUUACAGAAAAGCUGCAUUAAAAUAUCAUCCAGAUAAAAAUCCUUCAGAAGAAGCCGCUGAAAAAUUUAAAGAAAUCAGUAGUGCUUAUGAAGUCUUGAGUGAUUCUCAAAAGAGAGAAAUUUAUGAUACUUAUGGUGAAGAAGGUUUAUCCGGUGGUGGUCCAGGUGGUAUGGGCGGUGGUAUGGGUGCUGAUGACAUCUUUUCACAAUUCUUUGGUGGUGGUAUGUUUGGUGGUGGUGGUGGUGCUUCAAGAGGUCCACAAAGAGGUGCUGAUAUUAAACAUUCAAUCAGUGCUACUUUAGAAGAAUUAUAUAAAGGUAGAACUGCUAAAUUAGCUUUAAAUAAAACUGUUCUAUGUAAAGGUUGUGAAGGUCGUGGUGGUAAAGCUGGUGCCGUUUCAAAAUGUUCUUCAUGUGGUGGUAGAGGUAUUAAAUUCGUUACAAGACAAAUGGGUCCAAUGUUACAAAGAUUCCAAACUACUUGUGAUGUUUGUUCUGGUAGUGGUGAUAUUAUUGAUCCAAAAGAUCGUUGUAAAACUUGUAAUGGUAAAAAAACUCAAAGUGAAAGAAAAAUUUUACAAGUUCAUGUUGAUCCAGGUAUGAAGAAUGGUCAAAGAAUUGUUUUCAAAGGUGAAGCUGAUCAAGAACCAGAUGUUAUUACUGGUGAUGUUAUCUUUGUUGUUGAUGAAAAACCACAUUCUACUUUCAAAAGAAAAGGUGAUGAUUUAAUCUAUGAAGCUGAAAUUGAUUUAUUAACUGCUUUAGCUGGUGGUGAAUUAAAUAUCAAACAUGUUAGUGGUGAAUACUUGAAAGUUUCUAUAAUUCCAGGUGAAAUCAUUUCACCAGGUCAAAUUAAAGUUAUUGAAAACAAAGGUAUGCCAAUUUAUAAAUUAGGUGGUUAUGGUAAUAUGUUUAUCAAAUUUACAAUUAAAUUCCCAUCAGAUAAUUUCACAUCAGAAGAAAACUUGAAGAAAUUAGAAUCAAUUUUACCACCAAGAAGAAAAGAAACAAUUCCAAAAGGAUCACAAGUUGAAGAAGUUACAUUAAGUGAAUAUGAUGAAUCUAAACAUGAAUCUUCAAGAAGAAGACAACAAGCUCAUUAUGAUGACUCUGAAGAUGAUGAUGAAGGUGCUGGUCCAGGUGUUCAAUGUGCUUCUCAAUAG